GGGGAGAGAGAGACAGAAAAAGGAAGAAGGAGAAGAAGAAGUGAAGCCGCCCCCUUUGUUUGGGGCAGCCACCAUUGACAUCGCUCCACCUGUGCUGCAAUAGCAGAUUUAUUCUUCCUUGGAGCAACUUCAUAAUGGAGGCUCCCUUCACCUUUACCUACUUAUUAUUACUGUGGCAGGUUCCAAUGCGAUGGUGCCUGAACUGAACCCGAGAUCACUUUGUUUCAUCUGGGCAGUUCUUAUUUACUCCGUUGAAUAUCUCCCUAUGACAUAUAUGAUGAUAUAUGUGCAAAAAGUAUAUGUAAUUGAUCUAAUUUAUAUAUUCUCGGGAUCUCAAAUGCCCAUCCAAGUCGUCAGCCAAUGCCUUAAGACUUGCGCACUUACUGCUAAUAAUAAUAAUAAAGCCGUGAUAUUGAAAAAAUAAUAAUGAUGUAUGGACAGUAAUGGAACUUAAUGGUCGCUCCUAAUAUUUACUUUAACAGUUCGCAAGAAGAGAAGUAUAAGCGCCUCCCUCCUCCCACCCCUUCCCUCCUGGUUUGUUAGAUCGCAGCCUCUUCACCCGGCAAAGAAGAAGAAGGAAGGAACCCGAGAAAGAUGCAGGCGUCGCAGCUGUUGUUGGAAGAACCCAUCAGGAUGGCUUCCAUCCUUGAGCCGUCCAAAGCUAGUUUCUUCCCAGCUAUGACGAAGAUCGUGGGGACGCUCGGUCCAAGGUCUCGAUCGGUUGAAGUGAUCUCGGGUUGCCUCAAGGCUGGGAUGUCAGUUGCUCGUUUUGACUUCUCUUGGGGAGAUCCUGGAUAUCAUCAGGAAACACUGGAGAACUUGAAGAAAGCGGUCAAGGGCACGACGAAGCUCUGUGCGGUUAUGUUGGACACAACAGGUCCAGAGCUACAGGUGGUCAACAAAAGUGAGAAGGCGAUCUCACUACAGGCUGACGCUUCAGUGAUUCUAACACCAAAUCAGGAGAAGGAAGCAUCAUCCACACUGUUGCCUAUAAAUUUUUCUGGCCUCGCCAAGGCAGUAAAGAAAGGUGACACCAUAUUUAUUGGCCAGUACCUUUUCACGGGCAGUGAAACUACUUCUGUCUGGUUGGAGGUGUCUGAAUUGAAAGGGGAAGAUGUGGUUUGUGUUGUCAAGAACAGUACUACGCUUUCUGGCUCUCUAUUUACACUACAUGUCUCGCAAAUUCGUAUUGAUUUGCCUACUCUAACUGAUUCUGAUAAGGAGGUGAUAAGCACUUGGGGUGUUAAAAACAAUAUUGAUUUCCUCUCUCUAUCUUAUACACGUCAUGCAGAAGAUAUCCGCCAUGCUCGUGAUUUCCUUUCCAAGUUGGGUGACCUGUCUCAGACACAGAUUUUUGCAAAAAUUGAGAACGUAGAGGGCUUAACCCACUUUGAUGAGAUUCUACAAGAAGCUGAUGGUGUUAUUCUUUCUCGGGGAAAUCUUGGCAUAGAUCUUCCACCUGAGAAGGUGUUUCUAUUUCAAAAGGCUGCUGUUUACAAAUGUAAUAUGGCAGGAAAGCCUGCUGUUGUUACUCGAGUUGUAGAUAGUAUGACAGACAACCUUAGACCAACUCGUGCUGAGGCAACGGAUGUAGCUAAUGCAGUAUUGGAUGGUGCUGAUGCAAUUCUUUUGGGUGCGGAAACUCUCAGAGGAUUGUACCCUGUUGAAACUAUCUCUAUAGUUGGCAAAAUUUGUUCUGAGGCAGAAAAGGUAUUCAAUCAAGACCUUUAUUUCAAGAAGGCUGUAAAAUAUAUUGGAGAACCAAUGAGCCACUUAGAGUCAAUUGCUUCUUCAGCGGUACGUGCAGCUAUUAAGGUGAAAGCUUCUGUUAUCAUUUGCUUUACAUCAUCAGGAAGAGCUGCAAGGUUGAUUGCAAAAUAUAGGCCAACUAUGCCUGUAAUAUCUGUUGUCAUACCCCGUCUUAAGACAAACCAGCUGCGAUGGAGCUUUAGUGGUGCUUUUGAGGCUAGACAAUCUCUUAUAGUCAGAGGCCUUUUUCCAAUGCUAGCAGAUCCACGCCAUCCAGCGGAGUCAACAAAUGCCACCAACGAAUCAGUUUUGAAGGUAGCGUUGGAUCAUGGUAAGACUUCAGGCAUCGUCAAAUCACAUGAUCGCGUUGUUGUCUGUCAGAAGGUGGGGGAUGCAUCUGUUGUGAAGAUCAUAGAGCUGGAAGAGUGAGCUCUAAUCCCGUUCUUUGGUCAGUUAUAGCAACCAGCAGUAGGUGUAGUUCACGUGCUUUGCUUCAACUUUUGGACGUAUUGAGUGUAAAUGCUGCGGUUAUCGCCACUUCCAUAAAGCCCUUGCGCACUGCAGUUAGAGAUUGAAUAAUUUUUUAGUUCGGAUUCGUGCUGAAGGUUCUUCUUCAUACCGUUUUAUCGACAGUGGAAUACCAUUCUUCUUUUUUGCCUGAAUUUCAGGCCGCUGUUUCUCAAUUCAAUUCUCCGACAAUGUUUACACUAUCGUGGGACAAAUAAACUUACUUCUGAUUCUGGCGCUUGCACAAA